UCAUCAGGAAAUUCAUUCGCGAAGGACAACCGACUGGAUUAGUAACGAUAAACUCAAAGAUGAAAAAGUUGAUGAAGUACGCUAGUUUCUUCUACACCGGAGUGGGCAUACAACCCUAUGCCAAAAGGGGAGAUUCCGAAAAGGACAGGCUUAGAGACAGCAUUGUGUUUUGGUCCAAUGUGAUCAACUUGACGAUGGUUGGGAUUUGUGAGAGCAUUUAUGUUUACAGUGCCUAUAAAGAAGACAAGUUUCUGGAAGCCGUCACUGUGAUGUCUUACAUUGGCUUCGAUAUUGUGGGCCUGAGUAAGAUGUUCUUCAUCCGAUGGAAGAAGACGGCUAUAACUGAGAUGAUGGAGGAGUUGGAGGAUAUAUAUCCAAGGGGUAAAGUGGAGGAGGAAAGAUACAAUCUGGAGAAGUAUCUGGGCAGUUGCUCGAGGAUCAGCCUAACCUAUUCCUCACUGUACUCCGUUCUCAUCUGGACUUUUAACUUGUUUUGUGUUAUGGAGUACUGGGUCUACGAGAAGUGGCUCAACAUUCGAGUUGUGGGCAAAACCUUGCCUUAUCUCAUGUACAUUCCAUGGAAUUAUGAGAACAGCUGGUCGUAUUACCCACUGCUCUUCUCCCAGAACUUUGCAGGAUAUACUGCUGCUGCGGGGCAAAUAUCCACGGAUCUGUUACUCUGUGCAGUGGCCACUCAGGUCGUAAUGCACUUCGAUUACCUCUCAAGUACUAUGGAGCACCACAAGUUGACUGGAAAUUGGCAGGAGGACUCCCGAUUUCUGGCGGAUUCUGUUAGGUAUCACGAACGGAUCCUUCGCCUUUCGGAUGUGGUGAAUGAUAUAUUCGGAAUUCCGCUUCUUCUCAACUUCAUGGUAUCCUCGUUCGUCAUCUGUUUUGUGGGAUUCCAGAUGACUGUGGGAGUUCCUCCAGAUGUGGUUAUAAAGUUGUUCCUGUUUCUGUUCUCCUCAAUGAGUCAGGUCUACUUGAUCUGUCACUAUGGACAGAUGGUGGCUGAUGCGAGCUAUGGAGUAUCGGUGGCUACUUACAAUCAGAACUGGAAUCACGCUGAUGUUCGCUAUGAGCGAGCCCUAGUGAUUAUAAUAGCUCGAGCGCAGAAAGUAACCUUUCUAAAGGCCACUAUCUUUUUGGAUAUUACCCGGUCCACCAUGACAGAUCUACUUCAAAUAUCGUACAAGUUCUUUGCUCUGCUGCGCACCAUGUACACCCAAUAGGGUGACCAGAGAAGAUCCCUAAUCCCCCAUCUAUGUGCCCCUUAGAAUGCUUUCAAAGGCUCAACGCGAACUUAAUUAUGCGGAGGCACGAGCACCACGCAUGUCCAUCGCCAUCGCAACUUCGACACAGGGUAAAAAACGCAGUAAUCAUUUUAGCGAAAAGAGCCCCUCUGAAAAGGCAAUUCUACGGCUCCACUGGAGAGCGAGGAAAUAUGUUGCUACAAAAGAAAAUUGCAGAGUACAUUUUACACUUCACUGCACACAAGUUGCGCUUAUGAGUUUUCACUGCUCGUUAUGCUCUAGCUAAAAAGGGGAACUUGAUUUCUUGAACUUGAUUGAGAACCCAAUGCUUUGGAAUAUUUUGAAACAAAUAGAUUAGAUGACACAAAACGAUCUCAAGGGUAAUGAUUUUUAAUGGAUUUUAUAUCCUAGAUAUUAUAUGAAAGCGAGGAUCACAUAUGAUGUAUUUAGUAAUGUAUUUAUCUACACAGAUUUUUGUAUUUAUGUUUGUUUAACAUAUAUUUUUUGUGUUUUUAAGGGUAUUAUGUAGACUGUUUUGCUGGUGGUGUAACUUAUUUUUUGCAAUUUCGAGUUUGGCGUUUCAAGAAAAGUGGAGCAAGGAAAAUAGAAAAGCUCCUUCUCGAGGCAGUGGACAACAAAACCGUUUGAUGGCAUCUAAUGCAGUUCUCCCAUGACGUGUGGCUGUGUGUACGCACUCAACAAUAUUAGCAAUUUAUGCGCUGAAGCGUGUCCUGUGACAGGACGAUGGUGGAGUUGGAAGGGCUGGGACAGGAUGUGGAAGUUUCUCACAUAAUAUUUUCAUUUUGACGAAUGUCGGACAUCACCUGCAUAGUUAUUGUUUGAGAUGGGCCGCGUGCAUAAAAUUUAUUAAAAUGUAUUUUUUGGCCAUCGCAGUCCUCCCAAUUUGAUCCUGAAUCCAGACCCUGUCAAUUUCCCUUACUCAGAAUACGACGAUAUUUUUUGUGUGCAAGGUUUACUUCCCUAUUUAUUUUGUGCUUUUUUUCCCCGACGCUGUGUGCACAGCGGCUCUUUUUGGGGAUUUAUUUUUCACUUUUGCGGAAUUUUUGUAAAGCUCCAAAUGUGCUACAAUUUAAUUUCUGGUCACGUUUUGGGCGAUUUUCAAAUAGCAACAGUUUCGGGGAAAAGUCUUUCAAUAUCUCACGCUGUCGUAUUGCAUAAUUUAAGGUGCCCCGAACAUGGUCACGUUUAUUAUCGUGUUUAUAUGUGUCCGCCCAUCUGUCUAGCCCAAAUCCAUGGCCAGGACGAAGAUCAUAUCAGGUGUAGUCCAUUACAGAUACUGUCACGGUUUCGGUUAUCCUGGCGCCAUGCAAAUUAUCCACGGCAGGAAAACGACUGCAAAUUAGCAUGCAACUGCGGCUAGCCAACGAAUAAUGAAAUAAAUUCAAAUGAUAAAUCAAUAACAAAUUAGCUAAUAGCCUAACAACGUAACUGAGUAUAAAGCACAUGAUAAGGGUCGUGUAAAUUUUCAAAUGCAUUUGUGGUCCUUGAUUACCGAUAUAUGUAUAUAUAUAUUUCUGUGAAAGCAAUGCAAAGCUUCUAAUUGAAAAGUAAUUAAAUAUUAACAGAAUGGUAUUUUAAUAUCAUUAAAUUUCAGCCUUUUUUUGGCAAUUUUUCACAAGCUUAUUUGUUAUUAUAAAAUAAAUUUGUGAUAGAUAUUAAAUUUCAUGUUUUAUAAUUAAAGCCUAGAAGAGAUAACAUUAAAGUCUUCUUUAUCAACAAAAUUGUGUGCUGUUUAACAGAAAACAAUACAAUUUUUUGUAAGUCCAUUAACUCUUUAGCUUUAACUAAAUGUUUUGAGUAUAAGCUUUAGUUUCGCAUUCACAAGAGAUUAAUUUCCGAGCUGGCAAUUCAUUAUGCAAAAGUAUACACUCAUUUGAAUAAAACAAUUAUCCACUUA